AUGGGGAGAGAAAAGAGGGCUGGUCCGGCCGUCGUCACGGCGAAGGACAAGGCCCGAAAACGCAAGGAGAUUGACCGCAAGGCCCCCCUGCCAUCUGGCUUGAAAGCUGCCAGGGACACAAGUACCAAGUACAAGAGUUUCUUCGAGUUGGUGCAGAACAAGGAUUUCAAGAGCAAACCGCUCGAGUUCGAGAAAACGUCAAAACGCGAGCCCCCUCCUCUUUUCGCCUUUGUGCCCGUCGGCAACCCUGAGCUGGCUGUGGCGUGCAAGGAACUCUCGCGCGAGCGAGGGGCCAUGGUCUACAUCGUAUCUGAAACCAAAAAUGACAACAUCUCCGACCUGGUGCACCAGACGAACCGGAUCGGCUACCACUUCCGCCAGCAGAUCGUACAAGAGGCCGCCCGUACUUUAGGCAUCGAUUACUUCAACAAACCUCAGCAACUCGCGCCCAAUGGUUGCGAGCUGAUCCCGUCUUCACAGGUGGACAUUAACAAUCAAGCUAGGGCUGCUAUUGAUGACCUGUUUCCCAAGAUGCCAGGACUUGACAAGGAGGAGAUUGUCGCUCGCGCUUUUCGAAAGAAUGCCAUGUUCAACGGCGAGCUUGUCGUUGGGAUGCAGCAAGAUUUGACUCUCUCUCGCCGUGUGCAGUUAGCUGUGCUAGCUCACAUUAGGCACGCCCAUACGCGGUAUGACGAUCUUCUUAGGGAAACCACGUGGUCCAACGCUCGAAGAGCCACAGAGGCGCUUUGCCUCGAUAUCCUCGUCAAGUGGCGAGGCGAUGACGAGUCUGGGCGGGACCAGCUCGACGAAAUCAUGAGAGAGAUUGUGGUCGUGACAGACGACGAAGACGACGAUGCCCCGGAAGAUGCCAUCGACGAUCCUGAUUCCGACUCCUCGAGCAGCGUCGAGUUUCAAGGCAGCAAUGCCCUUGUGCCUAACCCCAUUACAGCUCUUGAUGCAGCACGCAGCACUCCUGUCAGCGGUCGUGCGGCAUCCGCCAAACCUCAGCGGAAGGCGCGAAAGAAGCAGGGCAUUCCGGUGAAGUCGGCCAAGUUGAGGAAGGCCCAACUGCACGAGCAGCGCAAAGCCCAGAAGAGUCUCAAGCGGUACGAGGUGGCUUGGAACCAGGCACUCGACCGUCAACGGGCGAACCCUCACCCUCAAGAGGCGCCCGAGGCUGGUGGAUCUGCUAGUCACGGAUCCUAUCCUCACGGGUUUUCUGAUUACCCAGCACCUCCAUCCCGUCCCUCUCCCCAUCCCUCUACUAUUCGUGGGCCGUCUCAAACGGGGUAUACAUUGGGAUAUACUCAGAGCGGCAUCAUUGGCGAGCCACGGCCUGGUUCAUUCUUUCGACCUCCCCCUCCACUACCUGAACCCCACUUUACAGCCUCCGAAAGACCUGCAUUCGAAGAGGCAAGCGAACCUUGGCGCCAGAUGGGUGUUCAUAAUAUAGCACGCUCUAGGAGCCGGCCCUCAGACGGCUACAACGUACCUUUGCAGGACAUGCUGCACCCGUCCAUUGAACAGCCGUCCCCUCAGCGUCCCUCCUUUGGUCAGCGCGAGGAACGGCCCAUGACCCCAACAUACCGCGGACCCGUUUCCCUACAGAGAAUAGCAGCGGACCGAGAAGGCCGUCCCCCAGUUCCUCUGGAGCGGCACCUUGCUUACAAUGACGACGGCCACGCACCCCGUGAAUGGUAUGAGCCAAGGAAUCGACAGCCUGUCCUGAGUGAUCGUGGCUAUUCCCCAAUGCUAGAGUCUCCGUUCAGACCAGAUGCCAAGUCAUACGGUAGUAGCGAUGCCCCCUUGCAUCGGGCGCCCGCCCAACAAAGGCCCCUGUAUGAACGUGUGCCUGAAUAUGGACACACACAACCUUCGCCACUACAACGCGAGGUCAUUGUAUUAGACAGGGACCGCAUCAUGCGCGACGUGCAUAGCCCUGAUCACAGGAUUAGUGACUUCCAACGGAGCAGGCCGGCACACUUACCACUGGCACCCGCCUUGGCGCCACAAGUCCACGGCUCGUCCAUGCCGGAAGGUUUCUUACGGCUGAGGGAAACUGUGCCGUCUGCCCCGUCGCAUGCCACCCUACGCGAUGAAGGAUUUGUACGGCUCAGGGAGUCGCCUCAGAUCCGGCGUGACCCAGCAACUGGCCACAGCACCUAUCCGCGGGCAAAUGGACAGCGAUCCGGAUUGGAUGGCGCUUACAACAUGCCAGACGCAACACCAGAACAGCCUGUCUAUGUUCGACGUGCCGGGCCCGGAUUUGAUAGCCCCUAUCGACAAGGCUAUCAUCCUUAUGAUGAUCGUGAUGCAGGGCCCUCGUCUGGACGACAAUAUGACCAGACGUCAGUGAACCCCCCUGCACGCUGCGUUUACAAGUCGGCUGACCGUUUUCAUAGGUCAUUUGACAACCCCAGCCGGCCAGCUCACGCUCAACACGCGCCCUACCGCGGCUACGCAGCGCAGCCCAUGUCAGCCGAGAGUAGUUCGAACGGAUAUGUCAUUGAUGAUCGUCAAUACACUCCUCGGACGCCUCUACCCCCUGAUCACCAGAUUAUACUCAUCGACAGUUGA